UUUGGUGCGGAUUUUGGUAGUAGCCUUGGCUGCUGUUAUGCCGCUGCUCACAGGAGGUAUAGAUAACAAACAAGUGAAGCUACUGGCAACUAGAUUCAACGUGACUUGUGUAGUAGUAUUCGGAGACUCGAGCGUUGAUCCGGGCAACAACAACUAUAUCGCGACGUCCAUGAAGGGUAAUUUCCUACCUUAUGGGAAAGACUUCUUCAGAGGCCGCCCAACUGGACGCUUCAGCAAUGGAAGGCUAGCCACUGAUUUUAUUGCUGAAGCUUUGGGUUACACAAAGGCAAUUCGACCCUUCCUUCACAAGAGAUUGAGACCUGUUGAUAUCUUACAUGGUGUUAGUUUCGCAUCAGCUGCUUCUGGUUAUGAUGAGCUCACUGCCAAUCUCUCUAAUGUCCUGCCGCUUUCCAAGCAGCUGGAGUAUUUCAGGGAAUAUAAGAUGCGGUUGAGGCGAUUGGUUGGAGCGGGGAAAGCAGAAAAUAUUAUAAAGAAUUCAGUAGCUGUGUUGAGUAUGGGCACAAAUGACUUUCUUGAAAACUACUACUUAGAACCCAUUCGCCCCAAGCAGUAUACUUUGGAACAGUACCAAAAUUACUUGGCCUCUUGCAUGUCUGACCACGUUAAGACGAUGCACGGUCUUGGAGUUACACGAUUAGUGGUAGUUGGGGUGCCUGCCCUCGGUUGUAUGCCCCUUGUCAAGACUCUAAUGAAUCAGAAGACAUGCGUGGAGAAGUACAACAAUUUCUCCUCAUCAUUCAAUUCCAAGCUACAGCUGAAGUUGGAUGUCGCCAGGAAAACAUUAGGGAUGAAAAUCGGCUACGUUGAUGCUUAUGGCAUCUUUCGGGAUGCUGUCAACAACCCCAAAAAAUACGGUUUGAUUGAGACUUCAAAAGGGUGUUGCGGGACGGGGACCGUGGAGUAUGGAGAUACAUGCAAAGGCAUGAGCACAUGCGCUGAUGCAUCAAAAUAUGUAUUCUGGGAUGCUGUUCACCCCACGGAAAGAAUGUAUGAAAUAAUCGCUGGCCAGGCAAUUGAUUCUCUCCGGAAACAGCUGAUGGCCUAGCUACACAUUUAGGUAGAUGACUUGAGUUAAUUCGCUAUGUUUGUAUUAAGACUCUUAAGAGAAUGUUUUGCUUUGUUUAGCA